CUGUUUUUAUGUUUAUAUCAUUGCAGCUGUGAUCUAACAUGGUCGAGAGAUGUAUAUGAUAAGGGGUCCGGCCUCCAAGUUGUUUACUGCAUUUGUACAACGUCCAUCAUGCUUUCAAUUGUAUACUCCAUGUUGGUUCUUGCAUACCAAACGUACCCACUAUGAUGUUCUGGAGGUGGAUAGAAAUGCCAGUUUCCCAGAGAUUAGAUCAGCAUAUAUUCUGAAAUCUAAAGAGUUACACCCAGAUCUCAACCAGAAUGACCCCAAGAACCAUGAGAAGUUUGUCCAGUUGAUAGAGGCGUACAACACCCUAAGUAAGGAGUCCACCCGACGUGACUAUGACUACAGCCUUGCUAACUACAUACACCUACAGAAGAUGCAACGAAGCAGGGGUUCAAGUCACACAUCAUCCAGUGGAUCAUAUCAUCCCGGGGUCGGAUUUGAUCAGUCAGAAUCUGAUGAGCGAAUAUUUUGGGAUGAAACCAUCUGGCAUAUGAGAAACAAGUCAAAAGACCAGGAAUUUAAGGACCGCCCAUACUACAGCAUUAAAGGUUUAAGACGACAACCAAACUCCUACAUUUUGUUUGGAAUCCUGAUCUGGGUGGUUGUUGGGGUGUUUGUGCAUUACUUCUUGAUCAGUUUCUCCAGGGAUUAUAGCAGAUCGAUAAUGGAUCAGAGAGAUAUAGAAUUCCACAAACUUUACAAAGAGAAAAGAGAUAAAGCACUGUUACAUGGCAAUGAACUUCAAAGGGAGAUUUUGAUGAGUCGGUACCAAGAGGAGAAUGAUAGAGAUCAUUGACUGUGACACACUUCAGUUCGAUCUGCAAUCUUAGCAAUCCUUUAUAUCAACCUGCUGCAGCAACCUUUUCGAUGAUGGCCAAGACAACUGCAUCAAUUGCCAUGGUUUGUCAUUUCAGUCCCCUCAAGAUGUUGAAUGUUUUGUAGAUGUUAAGGUUUUCUUUGAUGUCGAGAGACCUGGCACAACAGUCAUGAGUCUUUACUGUCUCCAUAUACACUCAUGAAUACACACACACACACACACAUAUCUAACAUAAGAAAGUAGCGCUUCACACAUUUGAUAGGAGUUAAUAGCAGUUUGAGCCCAGCUCCACACGACUUUAAGUUUCAAGGGUGUGCAGGACACACCCAUCUCAUCAGAUAAGAACAGCUGCUGAAAGGAAUGUGUCUACACUCAUGAAAGUCAUGUGGAGCUGAGUCAAACUGUAUAUAUAUACAUAUAUAUAUGUAUAUAUAUACAUAUAUAUAAUAAUAAUAAUAAUAAUAAUAAUAAAGGAUAAAAUUGUUAAAGUUUUUGUCAGUGGCCAGCAUAUAAAACAGACAUAUGAAGGUGAAUUCAUAUAUAUAUAAUUAUAAUUAAAGGCAUAGAGAAAACUAUACCUAUAUGCUGAAAAGAGAUGCUAAAUCUUCUAACCAUUUUAAGUCAUCACAUAUGUGAUGAUUUGAAGUGUUCAGAUGAUUUAGCGUCUAUAUAUAUAUAUAUAUAUAUAUAUAUACAUACAUAUAUAUAUCUAUUUUCUAUUUUCUCUCUCUG